AUGGACAAUCAUUUGGAGUGGUGGACGCUGCCCGACGAUGGCAUAACCUCCGACAUGGAAAGUUUGGGAUACGAGAUCCAUAAAGUCCCGGAGUCCCUGGAAGAACUCCGGGAAAUCGAGGAGGAACCUAGCGAUGAGAAUCCAGAAUACUCCACAGAACAGUUCUCAUAUUGGAAGGGAGGACUUGAUUGCUUUGAGUUCGUGAUGUCUGAACCGGUACGCUGA